GACGUCCCAAGGAUCCCAGAUAGUACUGACCAUUGGUCCAGCCCUAGCUCAUCCACUGUGUGAAUGAAGUCCAGGCAUGACAGAGCGUCAUUUCGGCAAAAUCUCGCGUUAUUCUCUCUCUAUAAAUUGUCACGCACCCCAUUCUCGUUCUUUCCUUUAUCACUUUAGCGGUGAAGGUGUAACAGUAAUCGGUCGUCCCGAAUCCGGGUUCAUCCGACACCCUCACCAACUCAAGCUGAACUGAGCUCAACUUCUACUGCAGCAUCAUGCCUCCCAAAUUCGACCCCAAUGAGACUAAAGUUGGUAUGUGUGGCAUCUACUGUAAAAUUGUUUGUUUCAGAUGAGAUCCAAAAUGGAGUCGACUUCUGUCUGGCGCAUCCAUGCAGGGGCAGGCCUUUCAGCAAUGAGCUGAUGAAAUGGUAACGUUAGUUAGGAUGAACAACUCAUUUCUCUUGAACGUAACUGUGAAUGCGUAAUGGUGAACAUGGCAUGAAAUGCGAUUCUGUUGAGAAACUAUUUUUAGGUGCUGCCGCUAGUAAUGUAGCGUUAGCCCAUUCAUUCCAUGAUGCUAAUGUUGGUUUAGCCAAGUAUCUGCGGCUCAGCUGCCACCACGUGGUUUCAAGUAACAAGCUGACACGUGUAGGAUAUAGAAAUAUUAGGUAGCGAUUUCAGUUUGAAUACCAAAUACAACCAAUUUAUUGCCAUUAAUCUGAAAGAUGGGCAGGAUAGAAUACAUGCUCGCAUAUAAUGCUCAGGCAUAUUUUAAAGCAAAUUAUAUUCUGUUUUGCCACAAUUUAAUUGUUUGAUCUACAUGGGGUCUUAAAGGACAUUGCAUACUGGUUUUACACCGUUAUUUCUUUUCAGCACAUUAAAAGUAGUAACCUAGCAGGUGAUGCAUUGUGCCUGGAUAAUAUUUAUGGCAGGUUUCGAGUCUUGUGUAAAUUUUUUCCUUGGUCGCCUCUUUACGUGAAAGUGAGCACGUUUGCGCUGCCCCACAAAGGUACUUGCGCGUCAUGGGCAUUUGGCGUUGACAGCAGAAUUUCAGUAGGUAACGUUUACUGUACUCUAAUACGUAGACCUCAUUCCGAUUGUGGUCCACAAAUGCAUUUCUUGCCCCAUCUGUCAUAUUUGGCACUUCAACUUAACUAUUCAGUUCAGUGAAAGUUAACAAUUUAUUUAACUCGCAACUUCUCAGACAGCAAUAAAUAGGCACCGAGAAAUUCAGUAUUCACCAUAGUGGAAUACAUGUGAUGGGGAUUUUGGUGCACUUGCACCCCAGAGUCAAACUCUAUAGUAUACCUUCAUAAGCAUUGGGACAGUCAAUUAAUCGCCUGCUAUAGGAGUCAGCCUCCUGUUACUUUGCCAGUCUGAACACGUGGUUGUAUUAAUUGAGUUAAACCUGUAGUGGGGCUCAUUCCAGCCUCCCGCCACUUUGCCAGUCUUUCUGUGUGACUGAGUGUAGUCCAGUGGAGGCUAAGAUAGACCCAGCUCUAGGAAACAGGGCUGCCCAGACAGUGGGCAACUCUGUGCCGAAAGGCCUGAAACAAUGGUGCCCUCAUACUAACGGAAUAACAUUUUCUCUCGUUUGCGAAUUCGUUCACGCUAUUUACUCAUGAACCACCAAGGAGCUAUAACUCAUACUUUAAGGACUGUUCUUCCCCUCAUAAAUAACCAGUUUAUCCUUUGCAGUGUACAUGAGGUGCACAGGAGGAGAAGUUGGCGCCACCUCAGCUCUGGCCCCAAAGAUUGGACCCCUGGGUCUGGUAAGUGUUCCAUUCCUCCCAUAAAAAAUUAUUGGUUUGGUUUUUGAUUACCCAUUGUCUACAGAUCAGCCUCCCGCCACUUUGCCAGUCUUUCUGUGUGACUGAGUGUAGUCCAGUGGAGGCUAAGAUGGACCCAGCUCUAGGAAACAGGGCUGCCCAGACAGUGGGCAACUCUGUGCCGAAAGGCCUGGAACAAAUGCCAACAUUGUCGUCAGUUGCCCCUGAAUUUGUCACUAUUGAUCACUGUUUGAAGCGUCAUGCUUGAAGCUUUUUCUGUAUUUUAAAUCUGUACAUUCCUUUGCUUCUGCGUUCAGUCUCCCAAGAAAGUUGGUGACGAUAUUGCCAAGGCCACCGGAGACUGGAAGGGCCUGAGGAUCACUGUCAAGCUGACCAUCGUGAACAGGCAGGCAGCGGUACGUACAAAGUCUAUUCCCAAACGGAGUCCCUGAAAAUGGAUUGGCCAUUGAAAUGUUAUUUUUUUUCAACCAUCCCAGUUUUAACAUGUUUUCUGUCUAUUGUAGAUUGAGGUGGUGCCCUCUGCUUCAGCACUGAUCAUCAAGGCCUUGAAGGAGCCCCCUCGUGACAGGAAGAAGGUCAAGAACAGUAAGUUUCCCUGAGCUUUUUCCUGUGAUAUUUAAUGCCAUUUCUAAACACGUGGUUGUAUUAAUUGAGUUAAACCUGUAGUGGGGCUCAUUCCAGCCUCCCGCCACUUUGCCAGUCUUUCUGUGUGACUGAGUGUAGUCCAGUGGAGGCUAAGAUAGACCCAGCUCUAGGAAACAGGGCUGCCCAGACAGUGGGCAACUCUGUGCCGAAAGGCCUGGAACAACUGUGCCGAAAGGACGAUUCAUCUAGUCACAUAGCUGUCCCAUCUGGUUUUACUACUAGUGAUGAUUCAUAGAUCCUGUGUGUACUCUAAGCCUUCCAUCUUUGUUUCCAGUCAAGCACAGCGGCAGCGUGACCUUUGACGAGAUUGUGACAGUCGCCCGCACGAUGAGGCCCCGCUCCAUUGCCAGGGAGCUCUCUGGUAAGAUCCCCUGAGCGACAUUGUUGCAUCAACUGCUAUUAUGACUCUGCCUCCCGCCACUUUGCCAGUCUGUGAGUGACUGAGUGUAGUCCAGUGGAGGCUAAGAUGGACCCAGCUCUAGGAAACAGGGCUGCCCAGACAGUGGGCAACUCUGUGCCGAAAGGCCUGGAACAAAAUUGCUCCUUUCCCAUACAGUAGACACUAUGGUUCCCUGCUGGUCCUAAUGCCUUGAUUUUCUCAGGAACCAUCAAGGAGAUUCUGGGAACUGCCCAGUCUGUGGGUUGCACCAUCGAUGGCCGCCCUCCCCAUGAUGUCAUUGACGACAUCAACAGCGGCAAGGUGGAGUGCCCAUCUGAGUAAAGCAUCAAAUGGAGAAAAUAAAAGUUUAUUAAAAAACCAUGAAUA